AUGGAGCGCCCCCGGGCAGUGCUUUUGCUGCUGUUGGGCCUCCUGUGCUUGCUGGAGGCUGGCAGCGGGCUGCCCGCACAGAGCGGGUCGCUGAAGCGGAAGAAAAAGAAGAAGGGGAGCUCGGUGGAGCUGCGCCUGCUGAAUGAGAGCCAGGCGGGCAGCGGCAGCAGCGCGAGCGGCCCCGACUACCUGUACCUGGCGCUUCGCCGCUAUCUCAACAACCAGGAGCUCACAGAAUGGCUGCAGAGUUACGAGAAGCGGUGCAAGAGCAUAGCGCGGCUCACCAAGAUAGGCACUAGUGCGCAGGACAGGCCGCUGUGGGCCCUAGAGAUUAGCGACCGGCCUGGGCAGGCAGAGGCGGAGCCUGCGGUCAAGUACGUGGGCGGCGUGCAUGGCGAUGAGCCCACAGGGCGUGUGCUGACGCUGGCGCUGGCAGAGUGGCUGUGCGCCAACUACAAGACCGAUGCCCGGGCCAAGCGCAUCAUUUCCACCAUGCAUCUCUGGCUGCUACCCGCCAUGAACCCUGAUGGCUUUGAUGCUCGGUCACGAGGCAACAGUGCGGGCCAGGACUUGAACCGCGACUUCCCCGACCGCUUCUCCUCGCCCCCGAUGGAGCCAAGUGGGUCGGAGCAGCCCGAGACAAAAGCCAUCAUGGACUGGACUCUGGCCACUGGGUUUGUGGCCUCGGCCAGCAUGCACGAGGGCGCGCUGGUGGCCAACUAUCCCUGGGAUGGCACCGACGACCGGUCCACGCGCUACGAGGCCUGCCCCGAUGAUGCUGUCUUCCGGCACCUGGCCACACUCUAUGCCUCCACGCACAAGCACAUGGCCUCGCCAGACAAUGCGGAGUUCCCCAACGGCGGCACCACCAACGGCGCCAACUGGUACCCCAUCUAUGGCAGCAUGCAGGACUGGAACUACGUCGUGGGCCACUGCCUGGAGCUGACGCUGGAGCUCAGGUGGGACGGUGCGGGGCCAGGGCGGGAACGUUGGAUGUGA